AUGACCGAUAACGAAGAAACGUCGAAAGACCUACAAUCUAAUUUUGAUGUAGUUGUUGACGACUCAAAACUAUGCCAGUUAUUAGAAAUGUUCCCAAAUGUAGCCACUGCAUCAAUCAUAAAUGCAUUGAGAAGCUCAAAGAAUGAUAUGGACCUUGCAAUAUCGUUUCUUCUGAGCGAUAUUGCCAAUGAUGUAAACAUUAAUUCAACGCCUAAUGAUGAAGAAAAUAUUAAAACUCCUGAAUUAGUAGAUUUGUACGAAAUGUUUCCCAAAAUAAAUUCCAAUAUUAUUCGAAGUUAUUACGAUUCCCAAAAGAGAGAUGUCAAAGAAACAAUUAUAGCUCUACUGGAUUAUGAAAUCCUCUCGACAGAGGAUGCAGAAGAUCAGAAAAGAGUAGAAAAGAGGAUUAAAAAUUCAACUGAGGAUAAUAGUAUGAAUAAAUGGAAGUCUUAUGAUGAAAAAAUAAAUCUUAUAUUAAAGUUUACUGAGGUAGAGGAUGUCACAGCAGAACGUUAUUAUCAACAAAAUCAUAGGAAUCCUUUAAUGGCUAUAAUUAGUAUUAUCCAAAAUCAAAUCAAAUACAAACAACCUCCUCGACCUGCAACAGUACCUAGCUAUGCUAGUAAAACGAAAAUUCAACCAGGGGGGCGUGUCCAAUCUGUUCGUGGAUUUGCAUACAAGCCCAAAAAUCUAGAGUAUGAGAAAGUACGAUCUUCUACUACAUGCAAAAUAGACCAUAACCUCAGACUAUGGUCUAAUAGAGAAAAUUAUGUCUACUCUAAAUCAUCUCCUGAAAUAAUGGAACUUGAUAGUCUCAUUUCUUCCAAUAUAGAUUUUCGUAGUGUAAACCCUAUUUUUGUCACCAAUGCUAUCAAAUACUACAAUGGAUGUGUUUCACAAACAGUAAAUCUCCUAAUUUUAUUGUGUUCUAAUAGGUGCUCUAAAUUUACUUUUAUCAACAAAGAAAAUAGUAGCAGCGGCUUUAUCGAAACGAGUUGUUGGAAAUCAAACAGUUCAAUUAAACGGCCUCAUGGGUCUUUUGUAACAACCAUUAAGGAUAAGAAACAAGAAGUCCAACCUCAAUCUCACGAAUCUGACAUAGAUUAUACCCUUAAUCAUCUCUUUGAGAAUUAUAAACUCGAUUUUCAUGGAUUACUACCUUCACAGGCUGUUGGAAUAUUAUCAAAGGCGUUGAGAAAAUGGUGGAAUACUGAACUAGAAGAACGUGAACUAAGUAGAAAAAGGUUAAACUUGGUCAACGUUUGUUGUGUAAACCCCUUAAUUAUAAUAACAGGGCGUGGGAUUCACUCCAUAGGUGGGGUGUCGAAAGUUAGAAUACAAGUUAAGAAAUUUCUUAAGAAUAAUAACUACGUUUUUGACGAGGAACCAUCAUUCUUCACAGUCUAUGGUAGGAGGUCCAACUAA